CCGGCGGUGAGGCGGAAGAGCCAAGAUGGCGGCGGCGGGAGUCCCGCGUCGCCCCCGCUUCCCACGCCCGGCCCCCGGCCCCAGCCCCCGGUUGGGCUGAGCGGCCCGGCCCCACCGCCCCGUGCCGGACCCCGGCACCGGUUCCACCGCCCCGCGCCGGGACAUGCCCCGAUAGUGCCUCCCCUCCCCCGGCGCAGUUUCCUCCUGCCGGGCCGGGCCCGCACACCUCCGCCCCGCAUGGCCGGGCCGGCCCCGCCGCAGCCCUGAGCCGCCCCGUGCCUCCGCCCGGCCCCUGAGCCCGCGCUCGGCCCGUUCCCCGGGGUGCAGGUGUGAGACCACGAAGAUGUUCUCGGCCCUGAAGAAGCUGGUGGGCUCGGACCAGGCUGCGGUCCGCGACAAAAACAUCCCUGCGGGGCUGCAGUCCAUGAACCAGGCGCUGCAGAGGAGGUUCGCCAAGGGAGUCCAGUAUAACAUGAAAAUUGUCAUCCGGGGGGACAGGAACACUGGAAAAACCACACUCUGGCACCGACUGCAGGGAAAGAAAUUUAUUGAGGAAUAUAUUCCAACUCAGGAGAUCCAAGUCACCAGCAUCCACUGGAAUUACAAAACCACUGACGAUAUUGUGAAAGUUGAAGUCUGGGAUGUAGUGGACAAAGGAAAAUGCAAAAAACGAGGAGAUGGUUUGAAACUGGAGAAUGACCCUCAGGAGGCAGAAUCGGAAAUGGCUUUGGAUGCAGAGUUCCUGGAUGUCUAUAAGAACUGCAAUGGUGUAGUGAUGAUGUUUGAUAUAACCAAGCAGUGGACAUUUAACUAUAUUCUGAGGGAGCUUCCUAAAGUGCCGACCCACGUUCCAGUGUGUGUGCUUGGGAAUUACCGGGACAUGGGGGAGCACCGGGUCAUCCUGCCCAGCGAUGUGCGAGACCUCAUUGACAACCUGAAGAGGCCUCCCGGCUCCUCCUAUUUCCGCUAUGCCGAGUCUUCCAUGAAGAACAGCUUUGGCCUCAAGUACUUGCACAAGUUCUUCAACAUCCCCUUCUUGCAGCUGCAGAGGGAGACGUUGCUAAGGCAGCUGGAGACAAAUCAGCUGGAUAUUGAUGCAACUCUGGAGGAGCUGUCAGUGCAGCAAGAGACUGAAGACCAAAACUACGAACUGUUCCUGGAAAUGAUGGAAGCCCGAAGCCAAGGACAUACAUCACCACUAGCAACAAACGGGCAGAGCCCCUCCUCCGGCUCCCAGUCACCCAUUGUACCUCCAAGCUCGGCGUCGACGGGCAGCUCCAGCCCCAGCACGCCCCAGCCGCCGCUGCCACUCACCACAAGCACCACCAUCUCUCCUGACCCCGCCUCAUCCUUCUCACCAGUGCCUGCCCCCGAGGCCCCACAGCUCCCCGCGCCUGCCGCAGCUCCCGCCGCCCCCCCGGCUGCCGCCCCCCCGCCCAAGCGUGGCAUCAUUGCGCGGCUCUUUGGGACAUCUGCCGCGGCCGAGCCCACUCCUCCCCACACAGAUCCUGCUGCUGCCACUCCUCCCCCCAACCCUGCAGCUCCUGCCAAGGUACAGAGCGUGGAGGACUUUGUUCCUGAGGAGAGCCUGGACCACAGCUUUCUGGAAGACCCAGCACCACAGAAAGACAAAGGGAAACCACAGGCCAAACACCGUGUGGAUAGCGAAAGUGAUGGAGAGGUGCCUGGAGGGAACCCCAUGGUGGCAGGUUUCCAAGAUGACGUGGAUCUGGAUGACAAAAUCCCCAGUGGACCAGUGCUGGCAGCAGAACGGGUGCCGAGCAAGAACAUCACCCUCUCCAGUGAGGAGGAGGAAGUGGAGGAGGUGAAGGAUUCUAAGGUCAUCCUCAUAUCUGAUGGAGACAAAAACACAGAGCAGGAAAAAAAAAGGUCUUCCAGAAAUUCUCUGAAACCCCAGAGUGAAGCAAUUUUGACCAAAGCAACUGACCUGAAGCCUCCUGACAGUUUACCUCCCCGUUCUGGGUCUGAACGAAACAACAGCAGCAAAGGCAACACAAGCCUGGCAGCUCCUGCUGCUGCCCUCACAGCAGCAGCCCAGGCCUCAAAGGCCGCUGCCCAAAGCAAAGGACUUGCUUCCAAGCAGAAAGUGGUCAAAGAGGAGAAGCCUGAGGAGUCUGACAGUGAUCAAGAGGGACCAAUAGCUACUCAGAUGCUCUCAUUCGUUAUGGAUGACCCAGACUUUGAAAGUGAAGAUUCUGACAGCCAGAAGAAAAAGAUGAAUGAAUUCCCAGUGCGAGAAGAUCUCUCUGAAAUAUCUGAUGAUGAUACCUCACUGGCAAAGCCACCCCAACCUGUGAAAUCAACAGUCCCCUCCUUUAAACUGAAAAAUGACUCAGAUCUCUUUGGCUUGGGUUUGGAAGAAGCUGGUCCCAAGGAGAGCAGCGAGGAAGAUAAACAAGCUUCUAAGGAGAAAAAGAAGAAGAAAAAGAAAAGCAAAGAGGAAGAGGACAAGUCAGUGAAAAAGAAGAGCAAACACAAGAAGAGCAAAGAGAAGGAGGAGAGCAAAGAGGAAAAAGAGAAAAAGAAAAAGAAGAAGAAGAGCAAGGAGAAAAGCAGUGAGAUAGAUGAACUUGAGGCUUUUCUUGGCGGAGGAGGAGCCGGCAUGAGCAAACCACAGGGCGGGGGGGACUACGAGGAGCUGUAGUUUGGCUGCGAGUGGACUCUGCACCAUGGCUGUCUCCAUCUUCUGUGAUGAGUCACCCCAGGACAGGCACAGAUGUGUAAAGCUUUGGCCCUUCACUGUAUGGUCUCUCAAACCAGAAUGAGCAAAACAAAAGCUUUACAUCUGUGUGUGCUGCUCUGGUGCAUCGUUACACAAAGAAAACCAAGCUGAGAUGUAUGUGAGCCAGGGGAAGGUUCAGGGCAUGGCUCCCAGGCCUGCUGCCAGGCUGUCAGUUUUUCUCCUUGCAGAGAUGCCCCAUCAGGUCACUGGCAGGCUGUGGGGCAAGGGGACCUGCCUCCUGCUCCAUCCCUGCUGCAUUCCACUCCUGCACACCUGAAAUUCCUGUCUUGUUAAGAGGAGUGCAACAAAACAUGCUGCAUGAACACAUCAUGCUUGACUGUCUCAAGUCUUUAACUUCUUAUCCUUCCUAUUUUUUAAGGAGAAAAAUUAUAUUGGCCAUUGCUUCACCCAGCAGUUGAUGAGCUUUAAGUCAAGCAGAUCAUGCUAUGGUACAGCUCUCUAAAGCAGCAGGCGCAGGGACAGUGUGAGAGAGAGUAUGAUUGUUGAAGUCCUUUGAACAGGACCUUUCUGCACAGCAGCUUAAUUAGCCCUCACUGGUGCUGCUGUUGGAAUUCAUGAAGCCCAUUGAUUUCCGUGGCCCCAGUGUCUCAGACACUACAUGUAAGCUGCUAUGCAGUUUGGGAAGACAAUGAAAAGUGCAAAGCUAACCUGAAAGAGAGAAAAAAAUCAGUGCUUUUCUGCAUUUCCCACCCUUGAAUUUGCAUAUUCCAGAAUCCCCUGCUGCUGGGACCUCUCAGGGACAUGACUCCAUGUGGAAAUGAAGAUAUCCAGAGCUUCAGAAUUGGCUACAGGGCAGUGUUGGCAUGGCAAGGCAUUUGCUUCUCAGGCAUUUUCCAGUCAGGCUGUAAACCCUGGCUGCUGCUCCGUGCCGAGAGGGACCAGCACUGCAGCUCAGCAGCGUCCAUCCUGCUCCAGCCUCUGUCCAUCCUGCAGCCAGCCAGUGUGCUGACUUUCCUGCCCCAAGCAGAGAGCCUCCUCUGUCCCAUGAGCUUGGGAAGUCUUUUAGUUUUUGCUUUGAACUUAAACCUAUGGAUUAGUACCUGCUCAGCAGCCAUUGGAUGGGCACUAUGGCUGCCCCUUGGCACUCACCUGUGUCUCAGUCAGCAGUCCCUGUGUUUGAUGGAGCUGGUCAGUUCUCUGUACCCCUCCUGGUUUGGGUCUGGGGUCCCUUGCUCAGCUCAGAUGGUGAAGCUGCCUCCAGGUUCUGUGCAUUACAUUCCCCUCUUCCUUGUAAGUUGAUUUGAGGUUUGGUUUUGUUCUCCCUCACCCCUUUCUGUUGUAAAAUGUCAGCCAUGAAAUCCAAGCUGGUGUUUCCUUCUGCAUCCCUGUAAAGCAAUGUUCUAUUGAUCCAUUCAUCAUUCCAGAGCUGUCUUGACCAGCAGGCAUUUCCUUCUCCAUUUUUCUUUUUCUUGUGCCCAAAAUGCACUUGUAACCAUUUCCCUAUAAAACAAACUGGUUUCUUGCUGUACGAGCAGUGCGUUGUUCAGGUCUGUCUGCCAUUAGCAUUUGCCUCUGAGCAUUCCACGUGGCACUGUAGGGAAAUUGCAUGGGACAGUUCAAACUUUGCACAGCCGGGGAGGAAAAGGAAGAUCGAGACGGGACCGGUUUGCUGCCCUUCUGGGCAAGGGCAGGUGGAAGUUCAAGCCUCAGCUGCUGCAGUCCCAAAAGUGCUUCUGUUCCAUCAGGACUUUGGGUCAUGUUCCAUUUUUGCGUUGAAAAACCCUGGUACAGUCCAUUCUGAUUAUAAAGCUCUGUUGUACACUUGUCUCUGCACAUCUUCUUCUACCCCAGAGCCCGUGUGCCUGGGCUCGGGAGCUGUGUGUCCCUCCUUGUGCUGCUGUGCUCCCACACCUCAUGGGAGAGGGUGCUGAAUUAAAA